AAAAAUUUCACAACUCUGGUAGAAAAUUCCUUUCGUCGCUGUGGAUGGUGGAGUACCAAGUGUUUUUAUUUAAUUGUUAAAAAAUGGGAUUUGUGAAAGUAGUCAAGAAUAAGCAGUACUUCAAGAGAUACCAAGUAAAAUUUAAGAGGCGUCGCGAAGGAAAAACUGAUUACUAUGCUAGAAAACGCUUAAUUGUUCAGGAUAAAAAUAAAUACAAUACACCUAAAUACCGACUGAUUGUGCGUUUAUCAAACCGGGAUAUUACCUGCCAGGUUGCAUACUCUAGAAUCGAGGGUGACAAGAUUGUAUGCGCCGCUUACUCUCAUGAGUUGCCCAAAUAUGGAGUCAAAGUGGGUCUUACUAACUAUGCAGCAGCUUACUGCACUGGAUUGUUAUUGGCUCGUCGUUUGUUAAAACAACUCGGACUUGAUAAUCUCUAUGAAGGAACAACUGAUGUAACUGGGGAUGAAUACAACGUUGAAGCUGUUGAUGAUGGUCCAGGUGCAUUCAGGUGUUAUCUGGACGUUGGACUCAAUCGAACCACAACAGGUGCACGUGUAUUUGCUGCAAUGAAGGGGGCAGUGGACGGUGGUCUCAACAUUCCCCAUUCGACAAAACGUUUUCCAGGUUUUGAUGCUGAAUCUAAGAGUUUUAAUGCUGAGGUUCAUAGAAACCAUAUUUUUGGAAUCCACGUAGCAGACUACAUGAAGUCCUUAGAGGAAGAGGACCCUGAAGCCUUCAAAAGGCAGUUUAGCCAAUACAUCAAACUCGGAGUCACCGCAGAUAAGAUUGAGGAGAUUUACAAGAAUGCCCAUGCGGCAAUUCGCGCUAAUCCGGCACUCGAGAAGAAGGAUAAAAAGGCACCAGUUGCAGGCCAAAAGAGGUGGAACCGUAGAAAACUUACUCUGGCUGAACGCAAGGACAGAGUGGCGCAGAAGAAAAAAUCGUUUUUGGCCAAGCUCCAAGAACAAGAACCCUAAAAGGAACAUUUUUUUUCAUGAAUAUAAGUGAAUGUGUAAUAAAUAAAAUUCACAUUUAGUGCU